AGUUAACAAUGUUGCAGGCUGCCAGCGCUGUAAGACGAAGUUCUUUAAAAUUUCAAGUUUAAACCCUUUCGAUGAUGCAAGAAACCCAGAUCUUGCAGGCGCGCAGAUGACGGACCCGGCGGCUCCACCGUGCCUCCACUUAGUCUCGGCCUUUCUCGCCAUGGAACCCACCGAUUCUUUGGUUUCUUUCGCGAGAAACUGCGGUGGAGGAUUGGUUACAGAGGAAGUGCAGAGGUUCAUCUGGGAACAUUGUAUUUGCGAAGCUGUAAGCCAACUUUACUGGCAGGUUGCAAAUGUUCAUGUAUCUUAUGUGAAGAAUUUUCUGAAGAAGCUUAUACAUGAAGUCGAGUCAAAGAAUGGUGACAUGCUGGAUCAAUUAUAUGAAAAGUAUGCUUACUAUAUGGUUUCACUGAAGGAUGACAUUUUGACGAAAGGAGGCAUCAGAGUCUGCAAGCACAUAUCGUAUCUUUUUCCCGAGGGUUGCUAUAAACUUGACAGUUGCCCAAGUUCGAGGAAGCUGACAGUUCAACUCCAAUGUUCACUCAACAUGCUUGAAGGAGAUACAGGGUGUUCAGUCUGGCCCUCCAGUCUCUUUCUGUCAGAGUUCAUCCUUUCUUUUCCAGAUAUAUUCUGUCAUAAAUCAUGCUUUGAGGUUGGUUCUGGUGUCGGUUUGGUUGGAAUCUGUCUUGCGCAUGUAAAAGCCUCCAAGGUGAUAUUAAGUGAUGGUGACCAUUUGACUUUGACAAAUAUGAAGCUUAAUCUGGAAAUGAACAAGAUGAGUGGUGAAACUAAUUUGCCUGGGAAAGCUAUUGAAGACCAAAAUAAGGUGAAGUGCAUUUAUUUGCCAUGGGAAUCUGCAACAGAAAAUGAGCUACAAAAUUUUAUGCCUGACAUUAUCUUGGGUGCAGAUGUUAUUUAUGACCCAUCCUGCCUUCCCCAUCUCGUUCGAGUACUGGCUACCCUUUUGAAUGAAACAAAUUCAUGUUCCGAGGACUGGAAAGAGACUUGCAAGGGCCCUUUGGUAGAUGUUAAAUGUUCUGACAAUGAAAUCAAUGGUGCCAAUCAAAGCAAAGAUCGCCCCAUCUGUGAUCCCGCCACAAAUUGUGGACAUACCAGAGGCAGGAUUGCUUACAUAGCUUCUGUUAUUCGGACACGUGGAAUAUGGUAG